AAUAUGAUUUAGUAACAGAAAGAAUACGUUUUGGAGUCAUAAAGCCCUGAGUUGAAUCCUUCUGCCGCUUGCUUGUGUGGCUUUGGGCAAAUUUCCCAUGUCUGAGCCUCAGUUUUCUUAUCUCUCAAGUGGGAGUGUCAGUCCAUAUUACAGCCCAGAUGGCCCUACUUGAUCUUGCCUCUGCCCACCUCUUCCAAGCAAUCCCUGAACUCAAGCCUCUCCAGCCAGGCUGGUCCCCCAUGUGGUUUCUCUAACACUCUGAGCUUGGGCUGCCUCAAGGCCUUUACAGCUGCUUUAGACCUGUUUCCUCUGUCUGGAAUGUUCUUUCUCCUGAUCUUGAUAGGGUAGAGACCUUUUUUUUUUCAGGUCUCUGCACAAAUAUUCUCUUCUUGGAGGUAAACAUCUUACCUGAAUGUCUUCCCCCUACCCCACCAUAGCUUUUAUCACUCCCUAAAGGUACAGUUUUUAUUUUUGUAUUAGCCAUCCCUCUGCGAAAAUAUAAGUUCAAUGAUCCAGGGUCUCUCUUUUUUUUUAACUGAUGUAUUCCUAGACCUAGAAUAGUGUCUGACACUAGUAAAUGCACGUAUCGUCAAACACAUGAAGGAUGAGUGGUUACUUUAGAGGGCUGCUGGGAGGAUAAAACGUGAUUAAAAUAGUUGUGUAUGAAAGUACUGAGCACAUGGCUGGCACAGAGUAAGUGGUUGUACUGAGUUGAGUAGUGUUCCCCCCACAUUGAUGUCCACCCAGAACCCAUGAAUGUGGCCUUAUUUGGAAAUAGACAUUUUGCAGAUGUAAUCAUGUUAAGAUGAGGUCAGACUGGAUUAGAAUGGGCCCUAAUCCAGUGUCUGGUGUCCCUAUAAGGGAAAUUUGGGCAGAGAGAGUCACAUAGGCACAGCCCGUGACAACUGAGAAAGUUUAGAGUGGGGGUGCCACAAGCCAGAGACCACCCCACACAACAACCUUAUAAGAAUGACAGGAAGGGAGGAUUAUCAUUUCAUCACAGGAGGAAACUGAGGCACACAGUUUAAUCACAAGCCACUGGAAGCUGGAGUCAGUACCUGGGGAUGAAAUGCAUUGUCUGAAUAAGCAAUUUUUUGGCCUUCUGCUCCAUGUGCUGUGUUUGGCUUUGCCUCUUUUUCCUAAUUGGGAGAAAGGAAAAUUGAACUCGGGAGAUACAUUACUCAGAUGUCUUCAAUGGGAGAACACAUUUAACACACGAAAAGAAUAAGUCCUAAACCACUACCAUUCCAGCUUCUAAAACUAAACCACAGGGUUUGGUCCCAGUGGCUGUAAACGAGAGCAACACUGGGGAGAGGAACCUUCUGCUUCUAAUUGAACAUCUCUGUGUGGGACACAGCUGGAUUGGGACAGCAGCUGUGCUUCUUCCUAAGUUAGGUAGAAAAUAUUUCCCAAGAGUUUCAUUGCUCUCUCAGCCUGCUCUCCCAGCCACCUUGAUCUUGCUUGUCCAGGCAGGACGGCAAAGGAGAGCAGAAACUCAGGCAUAGGGAGACCAAGUCAUCCUUGAAAGCUGCAUCCAGACUUAAUGGCCUGACACAAGGUCGUGACAGGUGCUCCUCCACCGUCAUUUGUGCUACCAAAUACUUCGCCGAGGCUUUGCGCUGGGCUACCAGGAAAUGCUCAGCCUUGCUGCAAAUCCAAGACAGAAGGAUUGAAUUGCAUUUUCCUUGCAGGCUGGUCAGCUGGGCCUAAUUUGGCUUUGCCUUUCACUCCCUGUGAGGAAGCGGAGAGGGCUUCGCUCAGAUUUCAGUGCCCCUAGAAGAUUCAGGAGGAGGGAAAACCAAGGUCGCCCCGCAGGAUGUUUUCUUUGCCGUUUUGCUGAGAUCCCUAAAACAGAUGCAGGUGCGGGGAGAAGACGACUCCUCCUCCCCAUCUUUCAACACCUAGUUAUCUUUGGGUCUAAAGUUCUAGAAGCGGGGCGGGGUGGGGGUGGGGCGGCAGAAGGCACCAUCUUAAUGCGGAAAAGAAAGAAUAGCGUUUCCUCUCCACCUGUCUAAAGCAUUCCCCAGUUGCCAACUCACAAGGGUAAGCGCAGGAACAGGGAGGAUGACUCAGGGUCCACUUUGAACCCCGCUCGCUUCGUAAGCAAGGUGGAAGAACAUAGGGCCCGCGGGGAGACGUUGCAUCACGGAAAGUUUGGCAAGAACUCGGGGAGCUCGCUCCACCUGCCAGAAGUGGGCAAAGGCAGGACUCCAGGCUGGAUAGCCGGGAACCGAAGGGGAAAUCCGUCCUCACAUUGAGGUCAAUAGUGAAAGGAGGGUCACUAGGCGAUCUGCCAGCGCACGCCAGUAUGGAGCUGUGCUGGCCCCCACGUGCUCGGCCGCUCCCCAUUAGGCGGUACUUCUGCACCAGUCGCGGGGGGGGGGGCGCAGAGAGGAGCGGUGUAGACACCUGUACACUUUCGCCCAGUUCCGAGCGGGCCGGAUGCCAGGGACAGCCCGAGGCCGCCACGGCCGGCGGAGGAGGAAAGGAGAACCGAAACGCCCUGCGCAAGGCUUAUGUACAGAAGUACGUUGUGAAGAAUUAUUUCUACUAUUACCUAUUCAGAUUUUCAGCCGCUUUGGGUCAAGAAGUGUUCUACAUCACGUUCCUUCCAUUCACUCACUGGAAUAUUGACCCUUAUUUGUCCAGAAGACUGAUGAUCAUAUGGGUUCUGGUGAUGUAUAUUGGCCAGGUGGCCAAGGAUAUCUUGAAGUGGCCCCGCCCCUCCUCGCCUCCCGUGGUGAAACUGGAGAAGAGGGUGAUCGCAGAAUAUGGGAUGCCAUCCACCCACGCCAUGGCAGCCACCGCCAUCUCCUUCACCCUCCUCAUCUCCACCAUGGACAGGUACCAGUAUCCCUUCGUCUUGGGACUGGCGUUGGUCGUGGUGUUCUCCUCCUUGGUGUGUCUCAGCAGACUGUACACGGGGAUGCACACAGUCCUGGACGUGCUGGGUGGCGUCCUGAUCACUGCCGUCCUCAUCAGCCUCACCUACCCUGCCUGGACACUGAUCGAUCGCCUGGACUCGGCCAGCCCCCUCUUCCCUGUGUGUGUCCUAGUGGUACCCUUCUUCCUGUGCUACAAUUACCCCGUGUCUGAUUACUACAGCCCGACCCGAGCAGACACCACCACCAUUCUGGCCGCCGGGGCAGGGGUGACCAUAGGAUUCUGGAUCAACCAUUUUUUCCAGCUCGUGUCCGAGCCCACGGAAUCUCUCCCUGUCGUUCAGAACAUCCCACCGCUCACCAGGGACAUGCUGGUGCUGGGUCUGACCAAAUUCACCGUGGGAAUUGUGCUGAUCCUCCUGGUGCGUCAGCUUGUCCAAAAUCUCUCCCUGCAAGUGUUGUACUCGUGGUUCAAGGUGGUCGCCAGGAACAAGGAGGCCAGGCGGAGGCUGGAGAUCGAAGUGCCUUACAAGUUCGUCACCUACACAUCCGUUGGCAUCUGUGCCACCACCUUCGUGCCAAUGCUCCACAGGUUUCUGGGAUUACCCUGAGCCUCAAACGGUUGGAAAUGAGCUCACUGGACUGGAGAGCAAGACAUCAAAAAUUGUCGAGUGGGAAGGUCUUAACACAUUUUUCUUUAAGGAAAAAAAUUCCUUAAGUCACAUGUCUGUUUUGCUGAUAUCUGAGAUAAAUGCUGCAGCUGUAUGGAAGGAAACAUUUUCUCACAGGGACCACUAGCCUAUACGGGUCAUGUUACAGGUGAAGCCAGGCUAAAACCCACAGUUGAGUUCUUUAAGCAGCCCUCCCACCCUCUACCCUGUGUGUUACUCGGAUGUUGAACUGGUCCUGGCCUGGCAGGACUCAUGGCCUGGCAGGAGCAGCGCCAAGCCCUCCUCCCACCCCCUACCCACGCCUGGGUUCUGAAAAGCCUAAAAAGAUAGGAAUGAUCCAGGAGCCUGGAUGUCGGGCAUUUCUUUUCAGUUGUGACCUUGCCCAGCACUGAGGCUUAUUUCCAAAAUGUUGCUCCAAGAGAAAGGGUGGUGCCACUUAAAACUGCGUCCCUUAAACAGGGUGACUUUCUCGUCAUUGUGAUCACAUUAGAUCCUGCCUGCUUGGGGGGAGCAGCGUACAGUCAUCCUCGACGUGAUGCGUGAAAGGGGGUUGGGAAGCUGCAAGGUCAUGGGUAAGAGCCUGCUUUCCUUAGGAGUCCUGGUCUCUGUCGGGUGCAUUUUGAACAGGGAUCCACUCCCCCUUGUUUGUACACCUUGCAGAAUUCCAGGUACUUUUUUUUUUUUUCUUUCAGGGCCACACCCACACCUAUGCAAGUUCCCAGGCUAGGGGUCCAAACAGAGCUAUAGCUACCAGCCUACGCCAGAGCCACAGCAACACGGGAUCCGAGCUGCGUCUGUGACCUACACCACAGCUCACGGCAACGCCGGAUCCUUAACCCACUGAGGGAGGCCAGGGAUCGACCCCUCACUCAACCUCAUGGUUCCUCGUCAGAUUCGUUUCCACUGAGCCACAGCGGGAACUCCCCAGGUAACAUUUCUAUCCUCUCUAACCCAUGGACCCACCGGAUGUUUCCACCUCACUUCAUCCGAGUUGCUCUGGGGCUCUGCUCUCUCCUGCGUCAGAGCAUCUUGGGACAAGCCCUCUGCCCAUCUUCAGGUUUUUGCUUCCUUACAAACUGGGAAGGCACUGUCAUCUGCCUAUGAAAGGGGAUCAGUGGAACCGAAGAACAGAACCCUUCCUAACCCUUCCUGACCCUUCCUGACCAGGAGGAAUAGCCCUUCUUCCCGAACCUUGUUCCUCCAUUGCUUAGUUACUUUGCAUAAAUCUCUUUUCUCAUCUGCUAAAUAGAAUCAGGGGUUCCCUUUCCCAUCUUACCUCCACUUGUCUCAGCAAUGUUAAGGGUGAUUAAUGCAAAAACAAUGUCUGCCUCUCUUAAGAAAACAAGCUGACCAAAUACAGUGCCCUUUAAACCUGGGCUGAGUCCCUUAGACUUAGGAAGGCGAUCCUUAUAAAGACACCUCCUUUUCCAGUUCGAAGCUGUGGUGCAAGUUCAGUCCCUGGCCCCAGAACUUCCACAUGCCUCAGGCAUGGCCAAAAAACAAAGAAUGAGAAGCAGGUAUCAACAGUGUUCUUAAAUGUGAGUGUGAGCCUAUCGUUAACGAAGGGUCUCUUGCAAUGCAGUGCUUGAGCCUCUGAAGCCAAUGACUUAUAAUCCUCCUGCAUCCUCACCACAGACACACUCUGGGGGGGAAAUUAGCCUAGUUAGGCUCUUACCUCUGCAUCCAACAUGAAAACUGAAAACCCCGAUUGUUCUGAUUUUGAACACGCACCCUGGCCUUUUGGUUGGGAUGGUCUUUGGUGUUUGACGUAGUGCUCCAGUUUCUUGAGAGUAAUUGUUAGUAAGACAUUCUGUCUGUCCUUCAAAUUAAUCUGAGAUUUUUCAUAGCUAGAAGGCAGGGGUUCAAAUGACCUUUUCUUAGAUCGUGCCCUGAGCAAUAUUUGUGGCCCCUUGAUGGGUGGAGUGUGCAGAGAGUCACAGCUUACCGACAUGCCCGGCCUAGGCAGGAGGGCAGUGCAUGGGCCACUUUCACGUAUCUCCGUCCCCGCAGCCUGCCACACCCAAGAUCACAGUGCUGGGUAUAAUAUUUAUGCAAAAUGAUUUCAGUUGAUUUUUCUGAAGCUAACUGAUAAAAGCAUCAGCUUUAACUACCUGCAUCUUUUGAGAAGGGCCAUAAUUACUGUCACAACAGUGGGUGUUGGCAGUUCAUGUGUGUGUGUGUGUGCGUGUAAUUUCUACUCCCUUCCCUUUAUUUUUCUCUUUUUAGGGCUGCAUUUGUGUCAUAUGGAAGUUCGACCCCCAGGCUAGGAGUCGAAUCAGAGUUGCAGCCGCUGGCCUACAGCACAGCCACAGCAACUCGGGAUCCAAGCCGCCACAUCUUCGACCUACACCACAGCUCACAGCAGUGCUGGAUCCUUAACCCACCGGACGAGACCAUGUCCUCAUGGAUACUAGUUGGGUGCGUUGCCCCUGGGCCACGAAGGGAACACUCCCACUCUCCCUUUUAAGUCCCAACAACAGGAAUAGGACUGCAGUCAUCUGUGUUGAUGUAUCUAAGGCUGCAUUUACACCAUUUGGUUGAGGACGAAUAUAUUAGCCACAGCUCAUGAAAGAAGGACCUUUGGAUUUGUCAGGUUGGUGACUUUUUGAAGUCUUUUGUUCCAGCAACUGGAGAAUAAAAAGUGUGUAUUGGUGAAGCGCAGUUUAGUUUCCGGGCACUACUGCUCUGUGGCCUAGAAUCAGGCAGAAACCUAUUGGAAAGGUCGUUUCCCGAGUCAGACUCCUGCUUUGCCAGCCCUUUUCAUUCACUUUACACAGCACUUCACUCCAUUAAACCCUCCCACCCUCUCAGUCACCCUAAGACCUUUGGAUUUUCUCUCUGGGGAAAGACUGCCCCCUGCUGGUUUCACCUCAGACUUGGUAAAGAGCCUCUCCCUUGAGCUGGAGUCUUAGAGAUUAAGAGUUUAAAAAUCAAGCUCACGGUGAUGUAGCCAAUCUACGCUUAGGACCUGUGGUGUGGCCAGCCCUGCAUUUGCAAAGUGUGGCACCAGAGCCCUUGGGUUCGCUGGCCCCUCCAGGUAGAAUGGCAUGCCCUUUGCCCGACUGUGCUAGUGCAGCCUCCAGCCCUCUACCACUCUGGACCAAGGCAUCCAUCCUGUGAAUGUCCUUCAUCUUUGGAGGCCAGCUUUGCUCAGACCUGCACCAUAACAGAAUAUGCAGAAGAAAAAAUAUGGAAAAGACUAAAGAUCCUAAAUGACUAAAAUCACUCUUCAGUGUGCUUGCAGGUGCCACUGUAACUUCAGGAUUUUUUUUUUUUUUUUUUUUUUUUUUUUUUUUUUUUUUUUUUUGCACAAAUAGGCAACUCAUGCUUCCUGAGUGUAACCAAAGCAUGUGGUGUUUCGGGGCCAUAUGCUCCGGGUUUCUAUUUUGGAAACUUUCAGCUGUCUUGCUUAUACACUGUAUGUAAAUUUAUUCUUUUUAAAAUAAAACCUUUCUGUUUGAUUAUGACUUAUUAAAUACUUUAAAAGCCAA